AUGUUCAGUCAGCAAUAUUCCAAGGAACGCGCGGUGGCGUUGACCAGGUUUCAAAUGCGCCAUUUGAAGUGUCUCGUUGAUCUUUGUAAGAGUGAGGGCAUUGAAGGUGCGGAGGCGAGGGAGGUGGAGACUGUAGAUAUUUUCCUGGAUGAUGUAGCGUGGAAGAAAGCUUUGAAGGACGUAGACGAGAUGAGGAAGUGGAUGCCUGGUAUUGAGAUCAAGACAUGGGAAGGGAACGAAGCUCAAGAGAAAUUCGGCGUCAACGAAGGCGUUGUGGGAGCAUUCUCAUAUACAGCCGGCGCUAUCUGGGCAUAUCGCUUCACUGUGUCAAUAUGGGAGCGUCUCCUCAACGAAUUUCCCAAGACUCUGGCCAUUGAGACGAACACACCCGUCGAGUCAAUCAGUGUUCCAAAUGAUGCACCCUCCAACUUUCCAUACGCUGUCCAAACUGCUCGAGGCACUGUAUUCGCCCGCCACGUCGUCCACGCAACCAAUGGCUUUGCAAGUCAACUCGUCCCUGGUCUUCGCAAGAAAAUCGUUGGCGCACGCGCUCAUAUGUCUGCCCAAGCUCCAGGCCUUUCAUUCCCAAGGUGUAAUGGCAUGCGCUCAUGGUCCGUGAUCUACAAUGGUGGGUUCGACUACAUAUCUCAACGUCCAUCAACGCCCGAAGAAGCUCAGGGUGAUGUAAUGCUCGGUGGAGGCUUCAUGCGCUCAUCGAAACAAGGCGUGGACCAACUUGGGAUAUAUGAUGAUGGCGCCGCUCUUGAUCCGCUCACUGUCUCGCACAUUGCCGGCAUCUUCCCAGCAGUAUUCCAUCCCAAAUGGGGCGCAGGUGCAGAAUUGAAGAACGCGUGGUCUGGAAUUCUGGGCAUGACAGGAGACUUAGUGCCAUUUGUGGGAAGGUUGGAUGGAAGGUUGACACAGCGAGAUGUAAAGAGCAAGGAUGGUGCAGGCAGACGUGGGGAGUGGAUUGCAGCAGGGUGGUGCGGGGAGGGUAUGAUUUGGGCAUGGCUUUGCGGGACGGGGCUUGGGAUCAUGAUUGCAGGUAGUGAAAAUGAUGAUGUGGAGGAAACGUCUGGUCGACCUGGUGGUCGGCUUGCAGAUUGGUUCCCGGAUGAAUUGAGAGUUUCGGUCAAGAGGCUGCGGAGCGCUGAUGUGGCCAAUCUAGCGAACCGGAUUUAG